AUGGCUGCUGUCACCGCCGCGGAGAUGCUGCCGCGCUUCCUUCUGCCGCGCCUCAGCUGGCAGUCCGCGACGGCUCCUCGCCAUCUCGCCCCGAACGUUGCCCUCUCUUCAAUGGCCACUCGCGCCCGACGGCCUCGCCCUUCUCCUGCGAGCGGCGCCGACCGACGAAGUCCGAUCCUGUCGCGCGCGUUCCACGCCACGACGCCGCGCGCCCGCGACCACCACUUCGACACGCUCAAGUUCGUCAAGCGCCUGCGCGACGAGGGCUUCACCGAGGAGCAGUCCGUGGCCAUGAUGAAGGUCCUGAGUGACGUGAUUGAGGAGAGCAUCCAGAACCUCACGCGCACAAUGGUCCUUCGCGAGGACUCGGCCAAGGCCACGUACACGCAAAAGGUCGACUUUGCUAAGCUGCGCUCCGAGCUGCUCUCCGCCGACAGCACCGAGACCAACACGACGCGCGGCGCCCACGAGCGCCUCGCCAACGACAUCGCCAAGCUCGGCAGCCGCCUGCGCGACGAGGUCUCGCGCACCCAGGCCAGCGUCCGCCUCGACCUCAACCUCGAAAAGGGCCGCAUCCGCGAGGAGGCCCUUAGCCAGGAGCUCAAGAUCAAGGAGACCGAGACCAAGAUCGAGCAGGAGGUUGCCGCCCUCCGCGAGAAGCUCGAGCAGGUCAAGUUUCAGACCUUGCAGUGGCUCAUGGGCGUCUGCACCGGCUUCGCCGCCGUCCUGCUCGGUGCCUGGCGGUUGCUCAUAGCCCAUGAUGCGUUGACCUCCGUCGCCCAAAUCGGCGGCAUGAUCCAACCCACCGCCACCAACCGCGCCGAGUUCCUCGCCGAGUGCCAGUCCGAGGCCUUUUCCGGCGUCGAAGCCAUCUUCCGGACCUACGGCUCCGCCCGCAUCACCGGCCUCUUCGACGCCGAGCUCGUCUCCGCUCUUCCCCCUCGCUGCCGCUUCGUCUGCCACAAAGGCGCCGGAUAUGACCAGAUCGACGUCGCCGCGUGCCGCGCCCGCGACAUCCGCGUCUCCAACACGCCCACCGCCGUCGACGACGCCACCGCCGACGUCGCGCUGUUCCUCAUCCUCGGCGCCCUGCGCAACCUCAACGUCGCCAUGAAGACGCUCCGCGAGGGCACCUUUCGCGGCGCCAGCGGGCCCCGCGGCGACCCGGCCAGGCUGCCCGCGCUCGGCCGCGACCCGCAGGGCAAGGUCCUCGGCAUCCUCGGCAUGGGCGGCAUCGGCCGCAACCUGGCGGCCAAGGCGCGCGCGUUCGGCAUGGAGGUGCGCUACCACAACCGCACCCGGUUGGACCCGGCGGAGGAGGGCGGCGCAGGGUACGUGGGCUUCGAGAGGCUGCUGGCGGAGAGCGACGUCCUCAGCCUGAACCUCCCACUAAACCCCAAGACGAGGCACAUCAUCUCGACGCGCGAGUUUGGCAUGAUGAAGCCCGGCGUCGUGGUGGUCAAUACGGCGCGCGGCGCGGUGAUGGAUGAGGCGGCGCUGGUGGCGGCGCUGGACGCGGGCGUGGUGGCGAGCGCAGGGCUGGACGUCUUCGAGGACGAGCCGGAGGUGCACUCGGGCCUGCUGGCCAACGACAGGGUCAUGCUGGUGCCGCACAUGGGCACCUGGACGCGCGAGACCGAGACCAAGAUGGAGGAGUGGGCGCUCGACAACGUGCGCCUCGCGCUGGAGGAAGGCCGGCUAAAGAGCAUCGUGCCGGAGCAAAAGGAUAUGCAGUAG